AAUCAUUCAUCAUUCUGAAAUUAAUUGACACGUUAUAACUAUAUUAGAACUCUAAUCACUAUAUAAUUAUAAGUUGCAAGACUAUAUAGCAUCGACUUAUUCAUGCUUCUUUUAAAGCUGCAGCGUCGCAAUAUCAUGUCUCUUGUUAGCCGGAAAGUGGAUGAGAUUUCAGUCAAAGCAACGGGCGGCAGAGGCCGUGUCCGCCCCCACACCACCGUAGCUUCCGUGGAGUCCUUGGCCAUACCUCUCGUUGAAGAAGUAGUAUUCAUGGCCGAUUUUCGGUGUUCACGGUGCCGGCAAAGAGUGGCUGAGAUUAUAAACAAGAUGAAUGGAGAGACUCAAUCUUUGGUGAUCAGUGUCGUUGAGAAGACUGUGACACUAACUCUUUCACAUUCAAAGCGCAGAUAACAAUAUAGCAAUAUAAUUUUCUGUAUUUAAUUUCAUUCAAUUAAAUUAUUCUCUUGUUGUCUAGCCUUGUGUUUAUUCCAUUUCAGUUGUAAAUUAAGUGUACUGUCUAUUUUUGUUAUGUAUAUAUAUGUAUGAAGAAUGAUUAUUUAUAGAUUGAUUACAAUUUUUCCAA